AUGGGCAUCGCCGGGACGGAGGUUGCCAAAGAGGCUGCUGAUAUUGUGAUCAUGGAUGACAAUUUCAGCUCCAUCGUCAAAGCCAGGCAGAAGGCGCCGCAGAGCAAGGCCGGGCUGCCUCAGCCCCUCAUCGCAGAGGCGGCGGCCUGGCCGCCCGUCGGCGCCGCCGCGCACGGCUGCGAGCCCGGCUCUCUUGGCCAUCUCAUCGCCAUUCGUCCGCCAAACCCCGCUCAUCGACACCGCCACCUCCGCUUCACCCCAUCGCCCGCGACGAACAGGUCUGUUCUGUGGGGACGCUCCGUGUUCAAUUCCAUCCGCAAGUUCCUGCAGUUCCAGCUCACCGUGAACUUCGUGGCCCUGGUGGUCGCCUUUGUGGGCGCGGUGGCCGGCGGCCGCAUCCCCUUGAACGUGCUGCAGCUGCUGUGGGUGAACCUCAUCAUGGAUACCAUGGGUGCGCUUGCGUUGGCCACGGAGGACCCCAACCCAGACCUGCUCAACGACAAGCCCUACGGCCGCGAGGAGCCGCUCAUCACCGGCAAGAUGUGGAAGCACAUCCUGGUGCAGGGCUUCUACCAGCUCUUCUGGCUCUUCUUCUUCAUGUACGCGUUGCCUGUCCUCCCCUGGCCGCGGUACUGGCUCACGGACACCUGCACCCUCAUUUCCAACGGCCCCAUCCUCGAGCCGAGCCCGACCUACUGCAUCGACCGGCUGUCCGCGCCCGACGCCGCCGACGGCCUCGGCUUCUCCCGGCCCAAGGCGGCGGCGUACUGCGCCGCGCUGACGUCCUGCAACCUGCCCUGCGGCGGCCCCGGCGCGCGCGCGUCGGCGGCGUGCGCGGCGGCGAUCGCGGGCGUGGGCGGGCCGAGCUUCGCGCCGGGCACGGUGCCGGGCAAUGAGAAGGAGGCGCUUUGCGGGCUGGGCAGCGGCGGCUGCCCCGCUUACAGCGAGUACCGCGCGGUUGAGCAGUUCUGGGAGUCGCGGCAUGAGAAGCAGACCGAGGAGGAGUUCAAGAGGGCGGACAGCCUGCUGUUCAACGCCUUCAUUUUCAGCCAGACGCCAGCAGAGGCCGCUCGCGCCUGUCAUCACGCACCCGUUCGCCCCGUGCAUGCCACACCGCCUUGA